AUGCCUCCAUCUCUCAGCGCUCAUCCUAGCUUCACGCGCCCGCGCACCGGCGAGCGUGAGGGCCGCCCGUUGACUCGCGACCAAAACGGCGACACGAUGCUCAUCCCCAGCCGAACGUCCUCGCUGCAUUCGCGCAUUACCCAGCCAAUUCCCUCGAGCUUCAACGCCAAGCCCCAACAACGUACUCCCAAGACUCUCACGCAUGCCUACCUCGUGUGUGGUGUCGGCCGCGAGCCGUCGCAAUGGGUCCGGGCCCCCGCGCCUGUUCAGGGCAAAAUUGGCCACAUGAAAGGUGCUGUUAGCCAAUUCUGGCUGCCAGAGAUUCUAGGAAGCAGUCCUCGCCUGGAGCAGGACAACGAAAUUGCCAGAGCUCUUCACGCCGCUAUGAGGGCCUGUUUCCCUCACGACGUCGAGAUUUGCACUGGCCGUAACCAGCCUCACUGCUCUCACCAUUCUUUCGUUCUGCAGCAGGAUUCUUCCCAGACCCUCUACGGUAUUUGCCUGCGUGUGUGGUCACGGGCCGAUGAGAAACGAGCCGAGACAAUCCGUGACCUUCGCAAGCGAACAGAGUCUGACUUCUACGACAAUCCGGACGAGACGUACUGGAUCCCGUACUGUCUUUCUUUCCUCUCCCGAUACCCUCUGUACAACCUCCUCGGCGAUUACCUCCGUGGCAUGUGGAUUCAUUGGAACAAGGCGACGAACCUCUUCCACGCCGAGGAAGUCUCUCGCAUUCUCAGCUUCCCCGCGCCGCGCCUCAACGAUCUCGUCCGUAUUGACAUGAAAGACUACGCGCUCUGCUACCAGUUUCCUUCGUCGCCCACUGGAUUCCAGAACUUCGCCAUGUGGCCGCUCUUCAACUGCCUGUCCAUUCCCAACAUUGUCGGUGUCAUUGAGGCUGCGAUUUCCCCUACCCGCCGCGUCAUUUUCGUCAGUCACUACCCUGCCAUGCUCACUGUUGCGGCUGAGACGGUCCGAUAUUGUGUGCGAGUCUAUGAGUGGAGUGGUCUGUACGUUCCUGUUGUACAUGCACGCCAUGCUAGUGAGCUUGUCCAGGAGCCCGGCCCUUACAUCCUCGGUGUGACUGCUGAGUGCCGAUCACUCUUCAAUGCACCCAACGACGCCCUCGUCGUAGACUUAGACCGCAAUUUUGUUCUUACUUCUAGCCCCCCUACCGCUCUCACUCCUGGCCAGCGCAAUAAGUUCGUGACUCGCCUGACCCAGGCGCUCAACGGCGAUGUUGUCCCUGCUGGUGUACCACACCACCUUCGUUCCGCUUACGGCGGUGGCAAGCUUGUCCCUGCUGGCCAGAUUAUUGUCAUGCGCGGAGAGGUCGAAUCCAUCCAAGAUCCCGAGUGGUGGAACCAGGACUCUGUCAUGGCUGUCAUGGACCACGUCUGUGAGAAGCUCGGACGCAACACCGGCAUCAAAGCGGUCUUUGGCGGAUCCGUCAAGAAGCCGCUGAUGACCAAGGUCUCUAUGCGCCACCUCAACGAAAUUGUACGAGAGCGCAACCAGUACUCUCGUGAUGCCCAGGAGGCUUGGCAGGACUUCAUCAACCUGAAGGGCCGCAUGGACACUGAGCUUAACAAGGUUAACAAGCGCAACAACUACCUCGUCGAGGAGCUUGAGAGCUGGAAGCAACAGUUCCUCAAGUUCCAGGCUUUUGCCGAGCAACUCACCAAGGAGACGCAGGAUCUCAAGGUCAAGAUUGAGACACACAAGCGCGAGAACCGUCGUCUCGGCGGUCUCAUUGACCAACAGAAGGAGGACAACGCCCGCAUGUCCACCCGCCUCAGCGGCACCGAGAAGCAGCGCGAUGAUGCUCUUGAGGCUCUUGUUCUCCAGCAAGAGAUUGCUGAGGAGCUCGAGCGUGAGCGCAAGAAGAACAAGAAGGAGCUUUCACAGCUGCAACACACUAGCAGCACUCUCAUGCGCCAACGUGAUGAGGCUCGCCGUGUUGUUCUGCAUCUUCGCAGCCUCAUCGGUGGUCAAAGCCAUCACAUGGAGCACCUGAUCCAGUCGCUGACCAAGCCCGACGAACUUGUCAAGGAGAUUGAGGAGGGCUUCUACGACGACGUGCCCGGCGAAGAGGAGGAGAGCACCGAAGGCAUGACUAUGGAGCAGACUCAGUCUCUUAGACUGUCUCGCAGCGCCAAGAGACUCUCCGCUGCCAGCUUUGCCGAUGUCGCGGACCGUCACCUCAAGGACAAGACGGACGCGAUUGCGCACAUUGUUCGCAACAUUGCCGAUCAGUGCCAGGCUGCUGUCGAGAGCCUACACAUGGCGCAAGAUGCCGAGACGCCUUCGCGCCGCCACAGCAACCUGUCCGGUGCCGCUCAGAGCGACGACGACAGCCACUCUGCCGCCACCUCCGAGGUUGGUGAGGAGAGACUGCGCCGCCGCUCCGGCCGCCCGUCCAGCAUCCCCCCGACGCCCGACCUGGUGCCCAACCGCAGCAGCACCGCCAUGUCGUUUGUCUCGUCGACGACAACGCCCGAGCGCAACAGCGCUCAGUACUACCACCAGCGCGAGGACGUGCCCACCAAGAUUGUCGAGGACGAGGCGGAGGACUACGAGGAGAACCGCAGCGACAGCGCUGCUGGCGCCAACGAGAAUGGCGUCGUCGCCAAACACAGCGACUCUCUUCUGCACAGGCCGUCUGGUGCCCGCAUCAGCGCCCUUGGUGGCACUCGCUAA